AUGCCUUAUCUGAGAUAUUUGCUGAUUUUAGCGGUCUGCCUGGGCUCGUUUGGGGAAUGCCUAAAUAAGCGCGCCACGAGAGAGAGGAGGUGGACAGGACCCGUGGAAACUCAGAAGCACGGAACGUCCCUGGCCAAGAAGGCACCAGACAUGACAAAAUCGAGGAGACUGAAAACGGAUCAGUUGUUGAAAGUGGAUGACCAUGAUUUCACCAUGAGGCCAGCGUUUGGAGGCCCUGCUAUUCCAGUGGGAGUUGAUGUACAAGUGGAAAGCUUGGACAGUAUUUCAGAAGUAGAUAUGGACUUCACUAUGACAUUGUACCUGAGACACUAUUGGAAGGAUGAGCGCUUGUCCUUCACCAGCACCACAAAUAAAAGUAUGACUUUCGACGGCCGUUUGGUGAAGAAGAUCUGGGUUCCUGAUGUGUUCUUCGUCCACUCGAAGAGAUCUUUUAUUCAUGACACCACCACAGAAAAUAUCAUGCUGAGAGUGUUCCCUGAUGGACACGUUCUUUACAGCCUGAGGGUGACAGUAACAGCAGCCUGCAACAUGGACUUCAGUCGUUUUCCGCUGGACUCACAGACCUGCUCUUUGGAAUUGGAGAGCUACGCCUACACGGAUGAGGAUCUGAUGCUGUACUGGAAAAGUGGAGAUGAGUCUUUGAGUAUAGAUGAAAAAAUAUCCCUCUCACAAUUCCUCAUACAGAAGUUUCAUACUACCUCUCGGCUGGCAUUCUACAGUAGCACAGGAUGGUACAACCGCCUGUAUAUAAACUUUACGCUUCGCCGACACAUUUUCUUCUUCCUGCUGCAGACUUAUUUCCCUGCUACGCUUAUGGUUAUGCUAUCCUGGGUGUCAUUUUGGAUUGAUCGCAGGGCUGUUCCAGCUAGAGUUUCACUGGGUAUCACCACGGUGCUCACUAUGUCCACCAUCAUCACUGGGGUGAACGCCUCCAUGCCCAGAGUUUCCUACAUCAAAGCUGUGGAUAUUUACCUGUGGGUCAGUUUUGUAUUCGUGUUCCUGUCUGUUUUGGAAUAUGCGGCAGUCAACUACCUGACCACAGUCCAGGAGAGGAGAGAGCGCAAGCUCAGAGACCGGGUUAGAGAACGGUCAUUGUCCUGCACCUGCGGUAUGUCCCACACCAGGACCAUGAUGUUGGAUGGGACCUACAGUGAGGCUGACACCAACAGCCUGGCAGGCUACACAGAGGCUCCCAUGGUUCCAGACGAGGUGAUAUCGGAGAAACAGGAGCAUAUGGUGGUUCACCUGUCGAUGAGCAGUGAGUCCACCACCACUAAGAAGAAGGGCAUUCGCGCCUUAAGUAUUAUGCAGAACACACAUGCCAUUGAUAAGUACUCCCGUAUGAUCUUCCCGGGAGCUUAUAUAAUUUUCAACAUUAUUUAUUGGUCAGUUUACUGCUGAUCGUGUUCUCUUUUGGACUUGAGACAACCAUCAUGCUGACUUUUUGAUGCACAUCAAACACUGGCCCAUGUGAUACCAAACUGCAGUUACCUUUGUCAUUUUUCAUACUUUAAAAGAAUGGCAAAAUGGAAAGACAAGAUG